UGAAUCUACAAAUCCGAGCGCAUAAUACCAUAGCUCCAUGAUUGCGCGCCGAGUAGAGGAGGCCAGCUUUUCACUAAAGACAGUUUUCCAAUAGUCUCCGGCCUUGCGAUCUUUGAGAAUGUCCGAGGAGAAAGGCCCGUCUGUUGCCGUUCUAGGCUUAGGGGCCCUUGGCCUGGUGGCCAUGAAGAACAUGCGUGAGGAGGGAUUCAAUGUCACCGGCUUUGACAGAAACCCAUACGUUGGCGGCCUCUGGCACUACAGCGAGGGCUCUAACAUCUCAGUGCUCCAAAGCACGGUCUCCAAUGGAUCAAAGCAUAGGGGCUGCUUUACGGACUUUCCAUUUCCAGACGAAACUCCUGAUUUCCCUCGCGCAGCAGACAUGGCCAAAUACCUGGUGUCAUACGCCGAGCAUUUUGGUCUCAUGCCCCACGCACAGCUCAGCACCAAUAUCCACCGUGCAGAGUACAUCGAGAAGACGAACAACUGGGAGGUGGAAACCUCGCCAGUCGCUGGCGGACCCCGCGUGGUCGCAAGGUUUGAUAAAGUGAUCUAUGCCAUGGGACCUGACCAGAUUCCCAAUAUCCCCCAGGUGCCAGGGAUCGAGAAAUUCAAAGGGGAUACUACCCACUCGAUUGGGUUCAAAGAACCACAGGGUUGGACCGGAAAACGAGUCUUAGUGGUUGGAUUCGGUAACACAGCAGCGGACAUUGCGGGAGACCUGGUGGGCGUUGCCAAGCACGUCUACCUGUCGCACCGCGGCGGUGCCAUCGUGCUCCCUCGAUGGGUGGAUGGGAAGCCAGUUGACCAUGUCCGGACGCACCGAAAAGCAGUUCUGCUAGGCAUGCUCUCACGGUAUGCCCCGGGCCUGUGGAAAAAGACCAUGGACAAAGUCAUCCUAGGGCUACGCAACCGGGUCUACGACUUGAAGCCGGAAUGGCGACUAGACCCGGCGCCGUCCUUCAAUCAGCAGAGGCCCAUCGUCAGCGACAGCCUGGUGAGAAAUUUUUCGAAAGGACACAUUACGUCCGCAUGUCCGAUCAAGGAAGUCCUGGACGACAAGACGAUUCAAUUGAGUGACGACACCAAGGUGGAAGUCGAUGCCAUCAUCUGGUGCACUGGAUACACCGUCGAUUACUCCUUGCUUGGGAAAAGCAACCCCACCCUCUACCAUGAAUCGGAGGGAAUCCCAGUUGCCAAUGGUCGCAAGAUGCCCCGCCUCUACCAGAAUGUCAUUUCACUAGAGCAUCCCGAGUCCCUUGCCUUCAUGGGUAACCUGUCUUUCAUGAACCCGGCCUUCCUUAUGUUCGACAUUGCCAGCAUGGCCCUCGCCCAGAUUUGGAAAGGAAGGUCGCGCCUACCCUCGAAGGAGGAAAUGAGGCAGUCGGUGGACGACCAGCACAAAUGGAUCGCAAGCCUCUGCAACAGUGGCCCGGUGACCCCUGGCCUGGUCAAAGGGGUGGACUGGAUGGAGUGGGUCGACCAGGCGGCUGGUUUGGGGCUGCAAGAAAACCUUGGAUACGGCAUGCAGGGGUGGUAUUUCUGGCUCACCGAUCAUGAGCUCUGCAACAUGGUUAUGGAUGGCCUACUGCUACCGUUCCAUUAUCGACUGUUCGAUGCGGGCAAACGGAAGCCUUGGAAGGAGGCUCGCGAAUCGAUUAUCAAGGUCAAUCAGGAAUUAAGGGCGAAAAAUUGGUACCCGUAGGCUGGUUGACAUGGGGCGGUUCUAGUCGGAGUUUAUUUUUUUUGCUUUAUUCUGUAGCUAUAGCGCGAAGAG